UUUAGGCCAACUGCGUCUAUUAUCAAAUGACAGAUUGUAAACACUACAAUAUUGGUUAGGUGCUGCAAAAUACUUUUACAUGUUGAAUAGGUGGAUCUAGGUCGUGUGUAUUAAAUAGAGAUAUAACGUUAACAGAUGAUGUUGUGAAUUCAUAGAAGGCUGAACGCAAAGUCACGAUGGCGGACAGUGAAGUCUGUACCAAGAUCAGCUCGACAAGCUACCUCCAUUGGGCGGAUAUUUUAACUAUUGUUGCAUAUUUUGUAGUGGUUUUGAUCGUUGGUAUUUUAGCAACGUUUAGAGCUAGCAGAAAAAAUGAUGCAAGUGGAUAUUUUCUGGCUGGAAAAAGCAUGACAUUUUUCCCGAUAGGGGCCAGUAUAUUUGCCAGUAACAUCGGAGCACCAUUAUUUGUUGGUCUGUCUGGUACAGCUGCAGCGUCUGGUAUUGGUGGAAUGAUAUUUGAAUGGCAUGCUAUUCCUUUCAUAUUGAUGUUAGCAUGGGUUUUCAUACCAGUAUUUACUUCAUCAGGAGUGUUCACGAUGCCAGAAUAUUUACAGAAACGUUAUGGUGGAACAAGAUUACGUAUUUAUCUAUCCGUGUUGUCUAUAGUGCUUUAUAUAAUCACAAAAAUAUCAGUAGAGAUGUAUGCUGGUGCUGUUUUUGUACAGAUGUUAUUCGGAUGGAGUAUGUAUGCUUCUGGUAUCUUAGUUCUGGUAUUUUCAGCUGCAUUUACAAUGACCGGAGGUCUUACGGCUGUUAUGUUUACGGAUACACUACAAACGAUUGUGUUAACAGUUGGCGCCGCGGUUCUUUUGUUCAAAAGUUUAACAGAAAUUGGUGGUUAUGAAUAUCUUCAACCUAAAUAUAUGGAAGCGAUACCGAAUACUACACGACAUGGUAACUCGAGCUGUGGUGUACCACGUCCGGAUUCCUUUAGUUUAUUACGUGAGCCACUGAACUCAGAUUAUCCUUGGCCAGGAACUCUAAUUUUUAACAUACCUAGCGAUAUCUGGUUUUGGUGUUCUGAUCAGAUAAUGGUACAGCGAUCUCUAGCAGCCAAAAACUUAUCACAUGCUAAAGGUGGAUCCAUAGUUGCUAGUUACUUGAAGAUUUUACCUUUCUUUUUAUUUGUGGUGCCUGGGAUGGUGGCUAGAAUAUUAUACCCAGAUGAAGUGGCGUGUGCUGAUCCUGCUAUCUGUGAAUGUAUUUGUGAUAAUCCAGCAGGUUGUUCUAAUAUAGCUUAUCCAUUGCUCGUACUUAGGAUUCUUUCUCCAGGUUUACGUGGAUUAAUGUUGGCUGCUCUGUUUGCUGCUGUUAUGAGUACAUUGACGUCUGUGUUUAAUAGUGCUAGUUCUAUAUUUACCAUGGAUUUAUGGAGAAGAUUCAGGAAACACGCUAGAGAAUGGGAACUACUUCUCGUUGGAAGAUUAGUAGUGUUGGUAUUGGUUGGUUUGUCCAUUAUAUGGAUACCAAUAAUGCAAGCAGCACAAGGUGAUGAACUAUGGCAGUAUUGGCAAGGUAUGAUGAGUGCUGUAGGACCACCGUGGGCAAUGGUGUUCAUAAUGGGCUUCUUCUGGAAGCGAACCACUGAACAGGCAGCAUUCUAUGGGAUGUUGGUAGGUCAGGCUUUAGGGUUUUCCAGACUAAUUAUGUCUUUUGCUUACCCAGCCCCGCCUUGUGGAACACUCGACGAUAGACCUUAUUUUCUGAAAAUUCAUUUCUUGUAUGUGGCUGCCAUGGAAACAGCAGUUGCAGGAAUAUGUAUGAUCGCGAUAAGUUUGAAAACAGUACCACGUCCCAGUUCAAAGUUACACCGUGUAACAUGGUGGACACGACAUGAUGAACAGAUGCCAGAUUUAUCCGGUGAUGAAGAUGAUGAUUCUCAACAGGAUAAAACUGUAAAAGAGCAUGGUGAAUGUACUCGUCGUGUUAUGGUUUGUUGUGGUAUGUCAGAUGAUUCACAGAUCAGAAGAACUCCUGAAGAGAUUAAAGCUAUUCAAAAUAAAAUGACUUCUAUUAAAGAAAGUCCUAAAUGGAAAACUUUCUUAGAUAUUAAUGGAAUUAUUCUAAUUGCUGUAACGGCUUUUGUUAUUGGUUUUUAUCAUUAAUGUAUUCGUUCAAAUAACAAAUCUUUGUUCAUUUAUUGUAUCUUUCCUUUCCAAAAGUACGAUAAAUACUGUAAACACCCGAAAAAAUACCGUAAAACAGCCAGGGACACUAUAUAAAAAGAAAAUCUGAAAAACUACUACACAAAUGAUGUGAGUAAUAAAAUAAAAUAAUGGGACCAAA